AUGAAGAAACAGGCUUUGCUGAUAUAUUUGUUUUCUCUAAGUUAGCUGUGCAUAAGUCUUGGUCCAAGAGGUGCACAAAAAAAAAUGCUUGGUCCAAGUAAACGAUGCUGACCACGUCACCAAUUAUAUGUUGUCUUCUUCAUUUGAUACGUGAACACCAAAGCUGUAUUGAGAAGGAAAGGAAGGGUUUGUUGGAGCUCAAGACAUACCUGCUGCUCUCAGUGGACAACAUCGGCUUUGAUGAAAAUUUUGGUACUUGGAGUAAUAACACAGUGAGCGACUGUUGCAGGUGGGAGAGAGUUAAGUGUAAUCGUGCAACCAAGCGGGUGACCGAGCUAGCUCUCAACCAACUGUCUUUCUCUCUCCUAAAUCUUUCCUUGCUGUAUCCCUUCGAAGAGCUCCGAAGUCUGAACUUAUCUGGGAACACUUACGGUGGUUUCAGUGCCUUGUUCGAUGAUUUGGAAGGUUAUAAAAGUUUAAGGAGAUUAAGAAAACUAGAGGUUCUGGUUCUCUCUUUAAACAAAUUUAACAACAGUAUCUUACCGUAUCUCACCUCUGCAACAUCACUUACAACUUUGUUUCUUCGGAGUAACGACAUGGAUGGUCCUUUUCCUAUAAAAGAACUUAAAGAUCUGACAAACUUGGAAGUUCUGGACCUGAGUAGAAACAGAUUUAACGGCUCCAUACCAUCACAAGAGUUAGCUGACCUGAAAAAGUUGAAAUUUCUGGAUCUAAGUGGUAAUGAAUUUUCUGGCUCGGAAUUUCAAGGGAUUUGCGAGUUAAAGAAUCUGGAAGAGCUCGACCUCAGCCGAAACAAACUCACAGGUGAGCUUCCUGUAUGCUUAACCACCUUGACUAGACUUCGAGUUCUUGAUCUCUCAUCAAACCAGAUGACUGGGGAAGUACCAUCUGCCAUCAGUAGCCUUGAAUCGCUCGAGUACUUAUCGCUUUUCGAUAACGAAUUCCAUGGCUUCUUCUCUUUGUGUUGGCUUUCUAACCUAUCAAAGCUUAGGGUACUAAAUCUUUAUUCCAAAUCCAAGUCAUUCCAAGUAGAGUCAGAAGGUUCAUGGAAGCUAGAAUUUCAGCUAUAUGUUAUUGCACUAAGGUCUUGCAACUUGGAAAAGCUUCCUCAUUUUCUCCUACAUCAGAAAGAGUUACGUCUGGUUGACCUCUCCAACAACAGAGUUCAUGGAGUAUUCCCUUCUUGGCUGAUGGAGAACAAUACAAAUCUUGAAGUUCUGAUUCUACAGAAUAACUCGUUUACGAACUUCCAGCUACCUAAAUCUGCUCAUAAGCUGCUUCUUCUGGAUGCCUCAGCUAAUGAGUUCAGCCAACCUUUUCCUGAAGACAUUGGGUGGAUACUUUCUAAUGUACGGCAUAUGAACCUAUCAGACAACAACUUUCAAGGAAAAUUGCCAUACUCUCUAGGUAACAUGGAGAAGAUGUAUUACUUGGAUCUAUCUCACAAUGGUUUCUACGGGAAUCUUCCAAGGAGUUUAACAAUGGGUUGUUAUUCAUUGAGAUUCCUUAAGCUUUCAGACAACAAAUUUAGCGGCCACAUUUUUCCAGAGCCAACAAACUUGACUUCCUUGUGGGUAUUGACUUUGGAUAAUAACCAAUUUGAGGGGAAGCUUGGAGAUGGCUUGCUGAACUUGAGCUCCAUAUCUGUGCUUGACUUGUCGAAUAACUAUAUAACAGGUGUUAUUCCUAGUUGGAUUGGCAACCUUUCUACCCUGAGCGCGCUCCUGAUUCCAAACAAUCUCUUAGAAGGUCGACUACCUGUUUCUUUGUUUAACCAGACUGACAUCUUGCUGUUGGACCUCUCUGCAAACAGAUUGGAUGGCCACAUACCUCCACGCCUCAACUCUUACUUGAAACUAUUGUUCCUGCAAGAUAAUAAUUUAUCAGGGUCUAUCUCAGAAGCAUUACUAGAACAUGUCAAAAUACUUGAUCUAAGAAACAACAGAUUGUCUGGUAAUAUCCCUGAGUUCGUCAACAGCCAAAACAUCAACAUUCUUCUUCUGCGGGGGAAUAAACUAACUGGUCAUAUUCCUGUCCAGCUGUGUGGCUUAAGCUCUAUUCAACUUUUGGAUCUUUCUAACAACAGAUUAAAUGGAUCCAUACCUUCAUGUUUUAGCAAUAUAUCAUUUGGUUUGUGGAAAGAAGAUGAGGCGAGUGAUUAUGAUGGCAUAUUAACCUUCUGGUCUGUUGAUAUCUUUGGUGGUAUGGGUUGGCACGGUGACUUCUUUACCGAGGAAGAUUUAGGCAUGUAUUAUAGAUCUAAUAAGCUUGUGCUAGAUCCAUUUAUUGUAGACUACACAGCAGACACUAGGAUCAAAAUUCAGUUUGCAGCAAAGCGAAGAUAUGAUUUCUACAUGGGUGUACCUCUUGGAUUUAUGUCUGGACUGGAUCUCGCUGAGAAUGAGCUAACUGGUGAGAUCCCAGUAGAGCUUGGAGAUCUUGUUAAUAUACGAGCUCUGAAUCUUUCUCACAAUCAUAUAUCAGGUAUCAUCCCAGAAAGUUCCUCCAAUAUGAAGGAUUUAGAGAGCCUUGAUCUUUCCUUCAACAUCUUACACGGCCAAAUCCCGAGCCAGCUUACAUUGCUAAACAGUCUUGCUGUGUUUAAUGUCUCUUACAACAACUUAUCAGGUAUCAUUCCAGUGAAAGGGCAAUUUAGCACCUUUGUUGAAACCAGCUACUUUGGUAAUCCUCUUCUCUGUGGACAACCCUCCAACAGAAGUUGUGAUAAUGACACUUCGAAAGAAACUCCUGCUAAUGUUGGAGAAGACAAAGAUGUGAUUGACAUGGUAUCUUUCUACUGGAGCAUUUUUGCAGCCUAUGUGACAGUACUGCUAGGGAUACUUGCUUCACUCUCUUUUGAUUCUUCGUGGAGCCGAACUUGGUUUUCUGUUGUUGAUGGGUUCAUCAAUAAAGUGAAAAGUCUGAUAUCAUAGACUUUCAGUCAGGUUCUAA